UUUACUGGUGCUCAUCAGAGACGCAGGUCAUGGAUGCUCGCGUGGUCACCACUCUGCUGCUGCUGCUGAUCGAAGGAUGUCGCGGACAGCUGGAUGUAUGCGGCAAGGCGACUUUAAACUCCCGGAUCGUUGGCGGGGAGGAUGCCCCUGAAGGGAGUUGGCCCUGGCAGGCCAGUCUUCACCGCAGCGACAGUCAUUUCUGUGGAGGGUCACUGGUCAACAACAAGUGGGUGCUGACCGCCGCCCACUGUGUACCCAGUGCCAGCACAGUGGAUCUGGAAGUGUAUCUGGGUCGGCAAAGUCAGCAAGGGUCCAAUCCAAACGAAGUCGUUCGGACAGUCGUCCGAAUCGUCAACCACCCGGAUUACAACUCAAUCACCAAUGACAAUGACAUCAGCCUGCUGGAGCUCUCGGACAUUGUCACCUUCACCAACUACAUCGUACCUAUCUGUCUUGCCGCGUCAGACAGCACUGUUUUCGCCGGAGAAGACACCUGGGUCACCGGCUGGGGGAACAUUGGGUCUGGAGAGCCACUGCCCCCACCGCAGAACCUGAUGGAAGUAGAGGUUCCGAUUGUUGGGAACCGCCAGUGCAACUGUGACUAUGGUGUUGGAACAAUCACCGACAACAUGAUCUGUGCUGGACUCAGGGAGGGAGGGAAGGACUCGUGUCAGGGAGACUCCGGUGGACCGCUGGUGAUCAAGCAGAACAACGUGUGGAACCAGCUGGGUGUGGUCAGUUUUGGAAGAGGGUGUGCCCUACCUGAGUUCCCCGGAGUCUACGCCCGGGUGUCCCGGUACGAGUCCUGGAUAAAGUCCACCAUCAUCACCAACCUGCCGGGCUUCGUGACCUUCAAGUCCUCCGGUUCCAACAGCGACAACGAUGUUACAUGUGCCGGCCUCCCGCCGCUUCCCACCACCGUCCCGCCAAUGACCACGGUCAAACCGAUCGUCUGCGGUCAAGCCCCGAAGAACUCUCGGUUCAUUGGGGGAAGCUCCGUGGCAAGCACUGGCAUCUGGCCAUGGAUGGCGAGUCUCCAAAAGAACGGAACUCACGUGUGUGGAGGCUCGCUGGUGGCAGUGGACGCUGUUCUGAGCGAGGCCAAUUGUUUCUCCAGCCCGGCUCAGCCAUCAGAGUGGACGGUGGUUCUCGGGCGUCUGAAGCAAAACGGUUCUAACCCGUUCGAAGUGUCUAUGAACGUGACCAACAUCACGCUGAGCAACCAAACCGGCUCCAACGUGGCAGUGCUGCACCUCUCCUCCUCACUCACGCUCUCCGACUACAUACAGCCCAUCUGCAUGAGCAGCAGUCAGACCUUCUCCGUGGGCACCAGCUGCUGGGUGGCAGGCUGGAGCGUCGGACAAGGUGGAGAAGAAGGAGUCCUGCAGGAAAAUCAGACGGUCAUCGUCGACUGUGGGAACACCUCAUCCUCGGCAGACGCCAUCUGCACAGGCGCCCUGACCCUGCAGCAGGGGGACUACGGAGGACCUGUCAUGUGUAAAAUUGGAGACUCCUGGUACCAGGCAGCCGUUUUGGCGGGAAACAGCACCCAAGUCACAAGCACAAGAGCAGGCGACAAAUUGGUCUUCACCAAACUCAGCUCCUACUCAUCUUUUUUAACCAGCGCUCUGGGGUCCUUCUUAACACCGGCCUCCAGCUCCACCACCACAACCAGCACCCCGGGAAACAGCACGGGCACUACCACCAACAGCGGCGUGUCUGCCAGCCUUCUGCUCCCCCUGCUGGCCGUCUGCCUGCUCCUGCAGCUGCUCUGCUCCUGAGCAGAAAGUCACUUCAUCUCCUCCUUGCCCUUCACUGAAAGACUUGUUUGCUGCUUGUUUUUUGCGGACUGAGAAAUGCUUUCUAAAUGUUUGUUACAAGUUUCGAUUGUAUGUUUCCAGACAAAAUGAUGAAUUUUUCUUGACUACUUACUAAUGAUUAACUGAUCAUCUCAACAAAACAGCUGGUUUCAAUGGUCAUAAAUGAAGGAGGGGUAAGAGGGAUGUCCAGCAGUCCAAUAAUGUGACAGUUGAGAUGCAGGCAUGUUUCCUUUUGGGAAACGUUUUUAGAAAUCAUGAAAUAAACAUUUAUUCCUGUG